AUGGGUAUCUCCAAGUCCGACCCGAUCAUCAUUGUUGGUGGUGGCGCCUUUGGGCUGUCAACUGCUUUUCAUCUGACCCGAUCCGGAUUUACAAAUAUUUCUGUUUACGAGAAAGAUGACCAGAUCCCUCCACGCUAUUCGGCUGCCAAUGAUCUGAAUAAGAUUGUGCGGGCAGAGUAUGAGGAUCCCUUCUACACUGGUUUGACAAUUAAAGCCAUUUCGGAAUGGAAAACUCCUCUUUUCGCCCCUCAUUUCCACCAAACUGGAUUCCUCCACUGUGCUUCUGGCGAUGCGCCUCAAAAAGCCCUCGACACCCUCUCAAGAUUCCGAGCAUCGGCCGAGAGCAAUACACAAACCAAGCCUCACGUCAUACCCCUCAAUGACUCAAAUGAUGUUCGCCAAGCAUGCUGGCAACUUGAUGGCCCAUUGACCGGCUGGAAAGGAUACCUCAACCGCUUUGAUGGGUACGCCCACUCUGGCAACGCGCUUGCAGCGGUAUACCGCGCCACCCAAGCAGCCGGUGUGCGCUUCUACCUCGGCCAGCACGGCGCAGUCGACGAGGUCGUCUACGUCAGCACAAUACAUGGCAGGAAGAGUUCCGGGAUCCGCACAAAGGACGGGAAAUUCCACCCCUCAUCUUUGGUCAUUGUCGCCGCUGGCGGUGCGGUGGGCCGUCUUGUCCCGGAACUCGGCAAGAAGGUCGUUGCCAAGUCCUGGUCUGUUGCACAUGUCCAUCUUACCGAUGAAGAAACCUCCGCUCUGCGCGGUAUCCCUGUGACAUAUGCCCGUGAUCUGGGAUUCUUCUUUGAGCCCGAUCCGAAGACGAAUUUGUUGAAGAUUUGUCCUAUGGGCGGUGGUUUCAUUAACACUGAUUCGAAAACGGGCGUCUCACAUGCCCCCGAUACGUUGGAAGAGAGCGCGUUUGUACCAGAGCAUGAUGAAAAGCAGAUGAGGAAGUUGCUGGCGCAUACGCUUCCGGCGCUUGCGAAUCGCCCUCUGGUUAAGACGUCGCUUUGUUGGUUUGCUGAUACGGACGACUCGGACUUCAUCAUUGAUUAUGUUCCAGGAACCUCGGACUCUGUUCUUGUGCUGUCUGGUGACUCGGGACAUGGCUUCAAAAUGUUCCCUAUCUUUGGAUCGUGGGUCUUGGAUGUUUUGGAGACUAGCCAGCAGCGUAAUGUCCAGUGGCGGUGGAAGCAGUCGGAUCCCAAUGAGUCGAAGGGGAAUUGGGGCGGUGAUGUGAGUUGGCGACUUGGAGAGUCAAAGGAACUAUCUGAGAUCAAACCCAAGAUCUUGUCUAAGCUUUAG